AUGGAGGAAGUGACCCCUAGAUCUAACGAACACUGGAAACGGGCUUAUCUUGGUCCGCUGCCGGAUGAGUUUCUGCGUGUAACAACAGCGCAAGACAUUCAGGAAGUCUCCGAUAGGCAGGCCGCUUUGGCCCUUCAAAGCUAUCACAAUAGGUACACUCCCCAUAUGGCUCCCAACUUUGUCGGACGGCUAAGCAUUACCAUCGCACAGGCUAAGCUGGUCAAAAACUACGGCAUCACUCGCAUGGACCCGUACGUACGCUUGCGGGUGGGACACUUUGUGUAUGAAACGCAAACCGCUCCCAAUGGCGGACGGAAUCCUCGCUGGAACCGUGUCAUACACUGUCAGCUACCGGCCGGCGUGGAUACGAUCGCGCUCGAGAUCUACGAUGAGUGUAACUUUUCCAUGGACGAACUGAUUGCGUGGGCUGAGAUUCGCAUCCCGCAGUCGGUGCUGCGUGGUGAAACGCACGAAGAUUGGUACCCGUUGAGUGGCAAGCAGGGCGAUGGUCUCGAGGGCAGCAUCGAUAUGGUGAUGAGCUUUAACAAUAUGGUUGUACAGCCACGCAUGAUACAGACCAAUGCUCCGGUCGUAUUGGUGCCGAACGUGGCCACUGGCACACCGAUGCCUGUGUUCGUUGCUCCGAACCAACCGCAAGUAGCGCGGCCACCACCUCCAGUGUUAUCCGACGAUGAUCUGACCCGUAUUCACGAGAUGUUCCCGCAGGUCGAUAAGGAAGUGAUUAAAUCGGUCGCCGUCGCAAACAACCAAGAUCGUGAUGCAGUCAUCAACGCGUUGCUGCAGAUGAGUAGCUAG